AUGUCCGAGCUGAAGACCAGCAGCUUCUUCCGACCCUGGCACAGUCCGGAAGCUGGGAACGAGGCCUCCGGGAUCGUCACUGUUGACAACACACUUCGCAACACGUCGUGUACCACGCAGGACGACGACGACGACGACGAGGAGAGUAUCGUGUCCUCGGCGACCUCGACGAGCUCGGCGACCGUCGAAACAUCCGAGAAGUAUGACGUAGGUCGUUUCUUGGAUCACGGCACGACGGUCUCGACGUCGUCGAACGUCGUCCGUCACGCGAGAAAACGUCGAGGGAGCGAGUCGUCGGACGACGUGGCGACCAGCACCACACCCUCUCUCGAGGACGACGAGAGCAACGUGCAACAAAGCGCGAAGAAGAGGAAGAAGAAAUCACGUGCCUUCCGUCAGCAAUCAGUCGAUUCAAAGGCUCUCGCGAAUCAGGAUUCCAGCGAGUUUCUGCGCUCGAGCGGCGAUGGCAAACAUACCCUCGAAUGUCUCUCGACUUUUGAACUUCGACCGCCGGAAGGCUUCGCGUCUAUGAACGAUGGCGUCUGUUCGAUGGCGGUCGUAAAUUCGAAUAUCGCGGGACCGUCGUCGGCCACGAUGAUCCCCGAGUUGUAUUACACUUUUCCCGACUUUCAUUCCGGAUUCCAUUCCGGAAUACAUCCCGCUCUUCAAGCGGGAAUUCACUCCGGAAUUCUUCCUCCGGGACUUUACGAUCGUUCGAUGGAGGAAGCGGUGCACAUGGUGCACCAACAGGACGCCGCGGCCAAACAAAUGAAGAAGAUGCGCCCGAAGAAGUUCCGUUGCCAGUAUUGCGACGUCGCGUUCAGCAACAACGGCCAGCUCAAGGGACACGUUCGCAUACACACCGGCGAGAGACCGUUCAAAUGCGACGUCGAGUCCUGCGGGAAGUCCUUCACCAGGAACGAGGAACUGACGCGACACAAACGGAUCCACACCGGUAUCCGGCCUCAUUCCUGCGUCGUUUGCGGUAAGCGAUUCGGACGUAAGGAUCAUCUGAAGAAACACACGAGAACUCACGAGAUACGCGAUCCUUAUCGCGUCUCGGCCGCUUUGGGCAUGUUCGCUCUGAAUCAUCCGUUUCAGUCGGCGUCCGGGCUUUCGCCUUACGUCUAUCAGAUCUGA